AUUCGUGAUAACAAAUUAAUGAAUGAUGUGAUACAUAUUAUAUGCAGGAAUAAAUAAAAAUAUUGGAAUAACCAAACAAAAACAAGGGAAUAAGUAUUUCAGUUUUGAUGUGGGGAUAAAUUUAAUAUCCAGUGGAACUAAAUUGAAGAGUGCUCAGUAUCUUGCACACUGAUAUCAAAUCAUAGGCAACAAUGACAUCUUCAUUUGACAACAGGAAUAGUCAUUGACAAUAUCAAAAAACAGCAAAUUCACAUUUCAAUCAUGGAAACUAAAUAAGCUCAAAAAUUCAAAAUUCCCCAUAAAUUUUCGGUACAAUUACUUGAAUGAGAUGGUACACAAAGACUGUGAUCCCAGAUGCACCGGAAAAUGCAAUAAGAAACGGUUAACACCGGCUCCAACCGCUGAAAAAGGUUGCGAUCCAAGAUGCACUGGACGAUGCAGUAAAAAGAAUGCUAGUAUCUCACCAUUUGAAAGUCUGCCUCCUAUCGUUGCAAUAGCAGAAAACCUGCCACCUACUACAGCACCAGUGAAAAAUGAAGAUAUUGGAGAUACUAAGCCUGAUGGGCAAAUUGCAUUACUAAAACCUGGUGAAAUAAAAUUUGUUAUUAUGGACCUGGAUGGGGUAGUUUUAGAUAUUGAAACUGUUUAUCAAUGGGUGAUAGAGGAUUUAGCAAGCACAUAUGGUAUACCAGCCAAAGACGUGCAACAUAUCAUUGAUUUACAAGAUGAGGAAACAGCAAAAAAAUUGUGUGCCGAUUACAAUCUAACAAUAUCCCCUCAAGAUUUCAUGACUGAAUUCAGAAAUACCUCAAUUAAACAUUUAGCAAACACUCCUCUUAUGCCAGGAGUUGAAAAACUAAUGGAUUUUUUUCUUGAAAAUAAUAUCUCUGUAGCUGUAGCAAGCACCUCAAAUGAAGAAGCUUUCAAACUAAAAACUCAAAAGCACACAGCAUUCUUUAGGAAAUUCAGUCACAUAGUCCUGGGUGGUUCUGAUCCCGAAGUAGAUGCCCGUAAGCCAUCUCCAAAAAUAUAUCAAGUUUGUGGAUCCAGAUUUCCAUCAAAUCCUGAUCCAAAGACAGUUCUUGUUUUGGAAGAUACUGCUGAUGGUGUUGUAGCUGCAAGAGGAGCUCAAAUGAAUGCCGUUUGGUUUCCCAAUAAAUAUAUGAAUAAGGAAAACAACCCAGGAGCUCUCGCAGUGUUGGAUUCUAUUGAUGCAUUCGAUCCAAAACAAUUUGGUUUACCAUCAAUAAAAAGAUGAUCGCUUAUA